UCAAAAGAAAGAUAUGCUGUUCAAUGGAGGAAAAGAACCAACAAAAAGAACAAGACUUGGGACGGCGACGGAUACAUAGUGGUAUACCGGGAUGCCGCUUCUAACUCGUCUUUUACUAUUGCAUUCAAACAGUUGGAGGCUAAAAAUGUUAUAAGGAAACAGUUCACAAAUGUGAAUGUAGAUCAGAUUCUUCGAGGUUUGAUCACUAUUGGGCAAAACGAGCUCGAAGUCGAUUACAUGAUCAAUACGGAUGCUGAGUUUCGUAGAUUGACAGGAGAAGAAGAAGAAGGAUCGGAGUCUUUGUCAUCAAACCUUUCCCAAUCUACAAUACCGUCUAAACCAUCAAAACCUAUGGCAUACAGAAAAAUGAUACCGAAGAACUAUGAGGUCACCACUUCCAAUAGACAUACCCGUGCUCCUCUCUAUAACGAUUCAAGGGCUAUAGCUUUGCCUCGACCUCCUGGUGUGAAUGAGAAUGAACUUGUAGAUGUAUUGAUAGACCCUCAUUUAUCUGUCAAGUUGAGACCUCAUCAGGUGGAAGGAGUCAAAUUUGUGUAUGAAUGUCUUAUGGGCUUCAGAGGAAAUAAUGGAAAAGGAUGUCUUUUGGCUGACGAAAUGGGACUAGGCAAAACCCUUAUGACAAUUACCGUCAUCUGGACCUUAUGCAGACAGAACCCUUUUAUCAAGCAGCCUAGGUCGACUAUUCAUAAAGUAUUGAUAUGUUGUCCAGUUUCUCUUAUCAACAACUGGAAAGAUGAGUUCAAAAAGUGGUUGGGUAUGAAUAAGUUAUCAAUACUUACGUUAGGUGGGAAUGUCUCUUCGAACGAUAGACAAGAUUUAGUUUCAUUUGGCAAUCUCAAUGUUUAUCAAGUCUUAAUCAUGAACUACGAGAAGGUUACGACUUACCACCAAGAACUUUCCAAGAUUAGGUUUGACCUAUUAGUUUGUGACGAAGGUCAUCGUUUAAAGAGCAGUAGCAAUAAAGUCAUGAACCAUUUGACUCUGUUCAAUAUCCCCAGAAAGAUCUUAUUAACUGGGACACCCAUACAGAAUGACUUAGUGGAGUAUUAUACCAUCAUUAAUUUCAUCAAUCCUGGCAUUUUAGGCGAUUUCAAGUCAUUUCAGAAAUCUUUUAUCAAUCCAAUUACUAGGUCUAGAGAUGUCACUUGCUUUGAUCCAGUUGUGAAAGAGCAAGGAUUGGAGAUUUCUAACAAAUUGAUAGACAUAACGAAGCAGUUCACCUUAAGAAGAACACAAUCACUACUUCUUAACUAUUUGACCGAAAAGACUGAUGUUAUAUUGUAUGCUCCACCAACAGAUCUCCAGAAACGAUUGUUCAGUUACAUAAUCAAUCUAAAGUCAUUCAACGAGUUGAUGAAUGAUUCAGCUUCCACUACGACACAAGCAUUUACCUUGAUAAACCUAUUCAAAAAGCUAUGUAAUUCGCCGUCCUUAUUGCUCGAAGACAACUUCUUUUCAAAAUUGAUCAAAGGAGAGAAAGAAGAGAUUGAGUUGCUUAACAAGAAUACAUUGACAACCUCGUCUGGAAAAAUCAAUAUCUUGAUUCCAUUAUUGCUAGAGAUCACGUCUUUCAACGAGAAAAUUGUUCUCGUAUCAAACUACACCAAAACUCUCGACUUACUAGAAGCAGUGUUAAAGAAGUUGGAUUUAUCCUUUUUGAGACUCGAUGGAUCUACUGCUAAGAACUUACGGAACAAGUUGGUAAACCAAUUCAACAAGUCUAAUAUCAAUGUAUUCCUAUUGUCUUCCAAAAGUGGAGGUAUGGGUCUCAAUCUUGUUGGAGCAUCCAGAUUAAUUCUCUUCGAUAAUGAUUGGAACCCUUCUGUAGAUUUGCAAUCAAUGUCUAGAAUCCAUAGAGAUGGACAAACUCGUCCCUGCUUCAUCUACAGAAUUCUCACUACUGGCACCAUUGACGAAAAGAUAUUUCAGAGACAGCUAAUGAAGAGCAAAUUGAGUUCCAAAUUUUUGGAUAACGAAUCCCAAUCAACAUCCGAUGUUUUUGACUAUCGUGAUUUGAAGAACUUGUUUGAAAUUGAAGAGAACACAAUCUCUAACACUCACGAUUUACUAGAGUGUGAAUGUACGGGCGAUGGACACAACAUUAGUGUCAGUCUUACAGAUAGUGAAUCCGAUUCUGACGCAGAAGGAUUCCUCAGUGCUCAUAGGCAGAGUCUGUGGAUGUCAGCUCUGGACUUGCGAGACAAACUUGAAAAGGAUGAAAAGAAGAAAUUGUCAAUCAAAGAUGCUCUUAACGAAUAUAGACAUUUCGACCCAGCCACAGAUGCUGAUAAAGUCUGUCAGCAUAUUAACGACAAGGUACUAGUUAAUAUCAUCAACAACAAGGGUUACAAUAAGAAAACAUUUCCCAUCAGUUUCAUCAUGACAAGGGUUUCUGACAGAACUACU